CUGUAUUAUCGCGCUCAAGCAAACUGAGAAGCGCGCAAUUUUGCCUCCUGUGACCCUCAGUCCCAGUCCCAGCUCACUUGGUAGCACUGUUAUAGGAGUAUAAAUAGGGCCUGAAUAUCCCUUUUACGGUUUGCACAGUAUAAUUUCCCGCCUCAGUCUUUCCUCAUUUCCCGCUUUUAAAAACCCUAAUCUAACCCUAAACCUUACCUACCGAAUUAUGGGGCAGAAGCAACAAUCAACCGGCGAUCCGACCACCGAACCCAAGAAACGAAGGCGUGUUGGCUUCUCGAACGUCGAUUCUGGAAUCGAGGCCAAUGAAUGCAUUACAAUUUACAUGGUUUCUAGCAGGGAACAAGUGGGUGCUUCAGACAGUUUCUGCAUUUCCCCAGUUGACCUGAAUGGCUUUUUCGAUGAGGCUGGGAAAAUUUAUGGCUAUCAGGGGUUAAAGAUAACAAUCUGGAUUAGCAGCUUAACAUUUCAUGCAUAUGCUGAUAUUACAUAUGAGAGCACAUCUGAUGGAGGUAAAGGGAUCACUGACCUCAAAAAUGCUCUUCAGAGAAUUUUUGCUGAGACUCUUGUGGAGAAUAAGGAUGAUUUCCUUCGAUCAUUUUCUGCAGAGAGUCAUUUGAUUAGAUCCAUCGUCUCAACUGGGGAGAUAUUCCAUCAUAAAGCCUCAAAUGGAUACAUUGGUGAAAGUCAUUUAGGAGAACCUACAUCCGAUAUGAAGGUUUUCCGCAUGGCAAUAGGCAAUACAGGUGCUGGACACCUUUACAGUCGCUUGAUCCCUCUUGUUCUUCUUCUUAUUGAUGGGAGCAACCCUAUUGAUGUAGCUGAUCCAGGAUGGGAGUUAUUUGUCCUGAUCCAUGAGAAAAAUGAUGAGCAGGGGGACAUUCAACAUAGGCUGCUAGGUUUUACAGCAGUUUAUCGCUUCUAUCAUUACCCUGAUAAAACACGACUACGACUCAGUCAGAUCUUGGUGCUGCCUCCUUACCAACACAAAGGUUAUGGUCGUCAACUUGUUGAGGUGGUCAACAAAGUCGCCAUAUCUGAAGAUGUUUAUGACUUCACAGUUGAAGAGCCACUAGAUCACUUCCAACACGUGCGCACUUGUGUUGACAUACAACGGCUGCUUGCAUUUGAUGCAAUCCAAGAUGCAAUUAAUUCAGCUGUUUCAAAUUUGAAACAGGGAAAGUUAUCAAAGAGAGCGCAUGUCCCUCGAUUCAUUCCACCUUCAACUGCAAUAGAUGCUGUUAGGAAAACUUUGAAAAUCAACAGGAAACAGUUUCUUCAGUGCUGGGAGGUACUAAUUUAUCUAGGCCUUGAUUCUGAAGAUAAGGGCAUGGAGGAUUUUGCGACAAUCAUUUCAAAUCGUGUGAAGGCUGAUAUAUUAGGAAAAGACUCUGGAAGUGGUGGAAAGCAGGUGAUUGAAGUCCCGAGUUACUAUAAUCCAGAGAUGUCAUUUGUCAUGUUCAGGUCAGGGAGUGAAGGCAGUAUUCAGAUGGAUGAAAAUCAAACAAAUCAAAAGGAGCAGCUGCAACAAUUGGUUGAUGAAAGGCUCAAAGAAAUAAAGCUAAUUGCACAGAAGUUGCGUCCUGUCUAAAACUGUUUUAUUGUCUAGUCUUUGGGACGUUGAUGCAUCUUCCAGAAGGUGGCGCUGUCAAUGGGCGCUAGAGAUGCUCUAGUUUAGUGAAUUGAGGCUGUCAUAUAAAUGCUUGAGCUAUACAUGCAUUUAUUGCUAAGAUUUGAUGUGGAAUAGUUGCUAAUGGCUUUCUCAUCAAUAUAGUCUUCUAUAUCUUCUGUGUUU